UAAUCUGUUUAUGUUUUGUAGAUCCAGCGCUCUCUGUAUCCGGCGGAAACAAAAGCGACGCACAUCAGUUCCGCUUUACUGACUCUACAGUGUAAACAGAGACCGUGAGAAGCGCAAGAUGACGUCAGGUUGUCGGUGGUGACGGAGAGCGCGUGCUCCGGAUCCUCGCUCACUCGGUGACUGCGGCGGUGGCGGAGCCUCCAUCAUGACUGGCGCGCUGUGGAUUACUGUCACUGCGUGCUGAAGCGGGAUCGACAGCGCCAUGGCUGAGAGGUUGGAAUGGGUGGAAAUCAUCGAGCCGCGCACCCGGGAGCGCAUGUAUGCCAACCUGCUGACGGGCGAGUGUGUUUGGGACGCCCCGGCGGGUGUACAGAUCAAACGCAGCGGACAGGAUCAGUGGUGGGAGCUCUUCGACUCCAAAACGUCCCGAUUCUACUACUACAACGCUUCGACCCAGAGCACCGUCUGGCACCGCCCACACAGCUGUGACAUCAUCCCCCUCGCCAAACUACAGACCCUCAAGCAGAACACUAACACGGCUCCGCCCACCACGACCAGUGCCUCGGCCGACAACAGCCCCGCCCGCAGCGCCAUCAGCACCACCUCAUCACAGGAGCAGGAGGAGAAGACCUCCACCGCCGAGGAGGGAGACAGGUUCAGAUGGGGCACUGGCACCAGAGAGCGGAUGCUCAUCAAAGUAUCGGAUCGAGAACCCAGUUUUCUGACCCAGGGAAACGGAUACUCCAGUUCUUCCCCACGUUCCAGAUGCUCGUCCAGCAACGCUCCUUCCGACCCCGAAGCCACGCCCCUUUCUCUCCCCGAUCGCCCGGCAUCGCAGUCUCCGUUUCUAAAGAGAGUGGACUUGGGCGGCACUCAGCGGCGCUGCUCGGGCGAUUCCCAGCCAUCAUCCCCACGCUAUGCUUACGAGCCUCCUUUGUACGAGGAACCUCCCUCGGAAUACCAGUCCCCGCCUAUUUAUGAGGAACCGCCCACUGACAUGCACUGCGACCAGGCUUUUUUCGGCUCUGAUAGGUCUCCGGCGCGAAAACCAGGUCUUUACCACUCUCCCAAGCAAAGCCCAUCUCCUUACGGUCAACUGGUGUUGACGAGACAGCGUAGCUCAACGCCCGAGAAGACGCCCAAUCAGGGGGAUCGAGACUAUAACUCAAGUGGGCGGGACUACAGCUCUGCAGGGCGGGACUACAGCUCCAGUGGGCGGGAUUAUAACUCAGGCAUGAGGGACUACAGCUCUGGUGGGCGGGAUUAUAACUCUAGUGGGCGGGAGUAUAGCCCCGCUGGGCGGGAAUAUGUAAAGCAGCUAGUUUAUGUCGAGCAGUCUGGCUCCUCCCCUCGGUUUAGGACAACCGAGCGUCUGCUGAGCUACGGGACGACCAGUUCAAAUAACCUCUCAGCCGGAUUUUCUUACGGCGGCUCCUUUACGCUACAGCACAGUCACGAUCUCAAUGGUGGCAAUCGGAAACGUAAGAACCGGAAGCCGUCUUUGCCGGGAGGAGAGGGUGAUGGCAUGGGGUCUGGACUCGGGGCGAUGAUAACACAAGCCCGGUUGGCAUGGGAGGCUCAGCAGAUGUUACAUCAGCGAGGGGGCGUGUCUUCCGACCAGGGAGCGAAAGAUGGGUAUGAGAGUGACGGGGCGAUGCCCCUCCCACUGCCUGGUCCGGUGGUGCGGGCGUUCAGCGAAGACGAGGCUCUAGCUCUACAGGAAAGCCACUGGAAGCGUGCCACCCUAGACAGACUGGCAUUUCCUCAGAUGCUGCUAGAAAAGAGUCUGUCGGUGCAAACCAACCUGGCAUCACCUGAACCUUACCUUCAUCCCUCGCAGUCGGAGGAUCUCGGGGCGUGUUCUCAGUUCGAGGCCAGUCGUAACGCUCGUAACAUGAUGCCCAGCGCGAGCUGUGGCGUUUUCCCAGAGUUCACGCUCCGCAAACCGUCCUCCGAGACGGACAUCGAGAACUGGGCGUCCAAACACUUCAACAAGCACACGCAGGGUCUGUUCAGGAGGAAAGUGUCCAUCGCUAACAUGCUAGCGUGGAGCAGCGAGCCCAUCAAGAAGCCCAUGAUCAUGACCACAGACCGGACGGUGAAGCGCGAGGCCGUGGAGCUCUUCAAACUCGUCCAGACCUACAUGGGCGACCGUCGGGGCAAAGGCGAGCCUCUGUCCGUGGCUCUGGAGGUGGCUGUGAGGGGCUGGAGCUGUCAGGGUCUGAGAGACGAGCUCUACAUCCAGCUCUGCAGACAGACCACAGAGAACUUCCGCUACGACAGUCUCCAGAGAGGAUGGGAGCUCAUGGCCAUCUGUCUGGCCUUCUUCCCCCCGACGCCUCGCUUCCACAACUAUCUGGAGGGCUAUAUCUGCAGACACAUGGACCCUCUCAACGACACCAAGGGAGUGGCGAUUAGCAGCUAUGCUAAAUACUGUUACCGUAAACUGCAGAAAGCUGCGCUCACCGGAGCCAAGAAGGGUUUGAACAAGCCCUCGAUGGAGGAGAUCGCUCACGCUCGUAACGCCAUCUUCAGGCCCUCCAUGUUCGGCUCGUCUCUGGAGGAAGUGAUGUCGAUGCAGAAGGAGCGUUAUCCUGAGCGCCAGCUGCCCUGGGUCCAGACGCGUCUGUCUGAGGAAGUGCUGAGUCUGAACGGAGACCAGACCGAGGGCAUCUUCAGGGUUCCUGGAGACAUCGAUGAAGUAAACGCUCUGAAACUACAGGUGGACCAGUGGAAGGUGCCCACCGGCCUGGAGGACCCACAUAUUCCAGCGUCGCUGCUGAAGCUCUGGUACAGAGAGCUGGAGGAGCCGGUGAUUCCUCAUGAGUUUUAUGAGCAGUGUGUCUUGAACUACGACAGUCCUGCAGCUGCUGUCAACGUCGUCCUCAGCCUCCCUCACAUCAACAAACUGGUGCUCUGCUACCUCAUCCGCUUCCUACAGGUAUUUGCUCAAGCCUCCAGCGUGUCCAUGACUAAGAUGGACGUCAGUAAUCUGGCGAUGGUGAUGGCGCCAAACUGCCUGCGCUGCCAGUCGGACGACCCGCGCAUCAUCUUCGAGAACACCAGGAAAGAGAUGAGCUUCAUGCGUGUGCUGAUCCAGCACCUCGACACCAGCUUCAUGGACGGGGUGCUAUAGCACAUACACACACAUUAGCAUUCACACUUAGCGCCCACACAUGACUCACUCGACAAACGUCCUCGACAAGCCUCUUCCUGUCGCGCUCGCCUUCCACUCCGCGCUAAGGUCAAAUCCACCAUCCCCAUGAUUUCUGAAUGUUUCUGAAUAGAUAAACCAUCCGUCCUCACAUGAUAGUGACUGUCCUGCUUUGGUUUCUAGCGUGCAUGUGAAUGUGUCCGUUUCUGUUUUCUAACUUGACUGACUUGUAGACCGGUCCGUCUGAUUUUAUAAGAUUAAUUUAUUUGUUAUUUAUUUGAAUAAGGGUUUGUAAGUAUUGUACUGCCUUUUGAAAUAGAAAACAUCUGUCCUCA